AUGCCUCGCGACGGGUCUGGAGCCUCCGACAACAAGGUCGAGGAGACCCACGACGUUAUCCACGGCGCUGGCGCCGUCAAGGACCCUCACGUCGACCGCGCCGACAAGACUGCGCCUCUCCCUGAGCCUGAAAAGGGUCUCGCCAUUGAUGGUCUUGCCGCCAGCGGUGGCUCAUUUCCUAAGGGAGAGGGUGCUGGACAGGGCGGACGAUCCAACUAA